CAAAGUUUUAAGAAAAUCGGAGAGGAGAGCGUUAUACUAAACAUUUACCUCUGUUUCCUUUAAAGGUCUUUAUAUUGGGAGUUUACACAAUUUAGGUUGAAAUGUCAAUGUACUGCCACAGAACCUUCGGUAUUAAACCGGCGACCUUUAAACUCUCGCCAUUUCAUCACGUGUGAAUGUAUAUCUACUAAUCUGAAAUCAUUUUCGAUAUGUGAAGCUCGCUAAAGUGUAGCGAUAUAAACUGACAAAAGAAUUAAGAGUAUUGACUAUAUAGAAAUAAUGCAAAUUUUCUCGUAUUGUGCGACGUGACGAGCCGAAGUCCUCGACCGGCUAAAAGAAGAAUAUAAAGAGAAUGAGGCAGCGCGGCUCGCGACGUGUUCGUCCUCGAGUCGCGUCCAACGACGGGAGCUCUGUUGAUCCGUCGGUGUUAGAGCUGGCCUCGCGUUCGGAUCAAUUGACCAAUACUACUACGAAGAAAAAUUCAGAUGCUGACGAAAACGUUACUGAGCGCAUUACGUCGAACGACGAUAUCACCAUCGCUGCCGCGCGUGAAUAUCUACAUUGUCUCAACGAGCGGCGUACGAAGUCCGAAAGAGUCGGUUCCAGUGAUUGCGAGCAGCCCUCCAGCACAUUUCCCGGGAACUCGGCUGGCAGUUCGUCAAACAGCAGCCUCUCGACGAGAAGCCUGGAUAGUCCUAGUACUAGUUUGGAGCAGGUACAUCCGACCUCAUCAGCGGCAAACGCGUCAACUUCGUGGGACAGCGAUGUUGAUGUUGAGGCUGAUCCGCCGGAUUGGAGUCAGGCUGUCUCCGAGGACGUUCUUGCGCAGCUCAGCAACUCCGAGAAAAAAAGACAGGAUGUUAUUAACGAAUUGUUUCACACCGAACGCUCUCACGUUCGCGCGUUGAAAGUGCUUUCACACGUUUUCCACAAACCCUUGUUGGAGUCCCAAGUGCUGCCGUUGGAUCAGAUUCAGUUGCUUUUCUCUAAUCUGGAUGAGAUGCUGAUGAUACAUUCACGCUUUAACCAAGCGAUGAAACGGAAGAAGAAAGAGAAUUCGUGCGUGAGCGAUGUAGGCGAGCUUCUGCUGGAGAUGUUCGACGGCGAAGCUGGCGAGGUGUUUGAAAAGGCUGCAUCAACUUAUUGUGCUAAGCAGCAAGUUGCCUUGGACGCUCUGCGCGAUCGUCGACGUAAGGAUUCCAAGCUGAACGCUUUCCUGAACGAGGUGGAGGCAAAUCCGUUGUGUCGCCGACUCCAGUUGAAAGAUCACAUACUUACCGGCAUGUUGCGACUCACAAAGUACCCGUUGCUCUUUGAAAACCUGGCGAAGUAUACGCUAGACAGUAACGAGAGAGAGAAAGCAGCCAUAUUACGCAGCCUCGAGCGCAGCAAAGAGAUCCUGAGUCGCGUGAAUCAGGCGGUGAAAGAGGCCGAGGAUCAUCAACGACUCACAGAGAUUCAACGAACAAUCGAUCGGUCGGCCUUUGAUAAAUUUGAUCAUCCAACUGUGCAAGAGUUCAAGAAUCUUGAUAUCACAAAGCGCAAGUUGAUCUAUGAAGGGCCACUACAGUGGCGGCGUACCGAGCCAAAUCGAUCGAUGCCAAAUCGCUCGGUGCCGAAGCCAGUCGAUCUGCAUGUAGUACUGCUUGACGAUACGAUCUUCUUUCUACAUCGGCAAGACGAUAAGUAUCUGCUUAAGUUUAUCAAUACGACCAACCAGGCGGGCAAUUCCGUGCUGAGUCCAAUUGUCAAACUAUCCACUGUAUUGGUGCGUCACAACGCUGCCGAGAAAGAUUCCCUCUAUCUCGUCAACACUUCGCAGAACGGCGCACAGAUGUACAAUCUAGUGGCACCGUCCUCGACAGAACGUAAGCUCUGGUGCAAACAUAUCUCCGAGGCCGUUGAGGCUUACAAAGCACGCGAUCGUCAGGGUAGAAGACCAACGCCGUCCACCACGCUGUCAGAGGAACCGAUGCACACGGUGGAAGAUGUGUCGCCUUCCGCAAUGGAGGCGGACGACCUAACCGUCGAGAAAGAUCAGCCACAGGAUCGAGAAUCGAGGGAUCUUGGACAAAAUGCUGCUGGUAUGCAAGAGCAUGAUGAGGAGAUGCCGGAGACCGCUACUGUUACGGGAACUCCUACAGCUAAACAUAUGCAACAGCGGGUACAAUCGACUGAGUCGCCAACGACAGGUAUUGCGUUAUACAUUUAUAAAGUAGACGGUAUAGGGUAA